UCUCCCUCUCCUUCCGCCUUUUCCCUCUCAACUUUCCCUUCUCCCCUGCCUGAACGAUCAGUCUUUUCAUCUUCCUCUUCUUAUUUUUUCUGUUUGGCUGCCGAGAAAAGGACGAGAAACGCCGAGAAAGUGUUCAAUUUCGCAAAUUUCGAUCUUCUGAAUUAAUCGUAGCUCUUGGAGAUGGGUUUCAAUGCGGUUUUUGGCUGCUUAAAGGAAGUUUUUCCACAGGUUGAUUUUCGUAUUCUGAGGGCUAUUGCUAUUGAACAUCCCUUCGAUGCCGAUGCAGCUGUCCUUGAUGUUCUUAGUGAGUUCCCUAACUUGGCUACACAGUCGUUUUUGGCUGUCAGUCCUGUGCAGGUUCAGAGUCCUGGGACUCCACUGCUCCGAGCAGCUCAACAGAAGGGGAAGGGUAAACUAUUGAUGCACCAGCAGGUAAUUAAGGAAUCAGGGGUUCCCGAACCUGGACCAGCAGCUGGUGAUGAUCAUACAAGUGGUGCCUCUCAUGGCAACCCCACGCUGGUGAAGCAAGUGGACUCAUUGCAGAAUGGUCCUGUUCCAUCAGAUGCUGAUACAAGUACCAGAAGUGAAGCAGUGAUUUCUGAUGUAAAGGGUAUGAAUUUUGAUGUCCAAGUUGGCCUGCAGCAGUCUGCAUCUGGCAUGACGAGUCCUUCAAUGCCUGAAAAAGAUUCAGUAAACGGCACCUUGGGUGAUGAUGUGCUUCUUAAGUGGAAAAGUUUUUAUUUCCCUGUGAAUUGUGAUUCCAAUUCGGUGCUCCAUGAAACACAUGAUAAAGUAGAAUCAUUUGCGGUUGAUUCUUCUUUCAUAGAACAUGCACCCAAUGCUCCACAGUGUGACAUUCCUCCAGAGUUUAGUUCAGGCCCUCUUUUUGCUGAUGACAACUUACAGGCAACUGGUCCUUCGGAUCAUACUUCCAAGAAAGACUGUUCUCCAAGGGAAAUGGUUGAUAAUGAUAAUGAGGAGACCGCCACAAACAGUGUAUGCAAUAUUGAUGUUCUGGAAGAGAUCAUUGAAGAUGCUAAACAUAACAAGGAUCCAAUGACAAGUGGUGCCUAUCAUGACAACCCCACGCUGGUGAAGCAAGUGGACUCAUUGCAGAAUGGUCCUGUUCCAUCAGAUGCUGAUACAAGUACUGGAAGUGAAGCAGUGAUUUCCGAUGUCAAGGGUAUGAAUUUUGAUGUCCAAGUUGGGCUGCAGCAGUCUGCAUCUGGCAUGACUAGUCUUUCAAUGCCUGAAAAAGAUGCAGUAAACGGCACCUUGGGUGAUGUGCUUCCUAAGUGGAAGAGUUUUUAUUUCCCUGUGAACUGUGAUUCCAAUUCGGUUCUUCAUGAAACACGUGAUAAAGUAGAAUCAUUUGCAGUUGAUUCUUCCUUCCCAGAACAUGUACCCAAUGCUCCACAGUGUGACAUUCCUCCAGAGUUUCGUUCAGGCCCUCUUCUUGCUGAUGACAACUUACAGGCAACUGGUCCUUCGGAUCAUACUUCCGAGAAAGACUGUACUCCAAGGGAAAUGGUUGAUAAUGACAUUGAGGAGACUGCCACAAACAGCGUAUGCAAUAUUGAUGUUCUGGAAGAGAUCAUUGAAGAUGCUAAACAUAACAAGAAAACCCUGUUUUCAGCCAUGGAAUCGGUCAUCAGCAUGAUGAGAGAAGUGGAGGUCCAGGAGAAAGCAGUGGAUAUUGUUCAAGAGGAAGCUUCUAGGGGAGGUUUGGAUAUCAUGGUCAAGGUGGAGGACCUUAAACAGAUGUUGGCACAUGCAAAAGACGCAAAUGACAUGCAUGCUGGAGAAGUCUUUGGGGAGAAAGCAAUUUUAGCAACUGAAGCGAGGGAGCUUCAGUCUCGAUUGCUCAAUUUAUCAGAUGAGAGAGAUAAAUCACUUGCGAUUCUUAAUGAGAUGUGUGGAACCCUUGAGGAACGGCUAGAUGCGGCAGCGGAGGCAAGGAGACUGGCCGAGCAGGACAAGCUAGAAAAGGAAGAAUGUGCCUGGAAAGCUCUUGCUGAACAAGAAGCGGAGGUGGAGAAAGUUGUUCAGGAGUCCAAAAUAUUGCAACAACAGGCGGAGGAAAAUUCGAAGUUACGGGAGUUUCUGAUGGAUCGUGGCCGCAUUGUUGAUAUGCUACAAGGAGAAAUUUCUGUUAUUUGUCAGGAUGUCAGGCUUCUGAAAGAGAAGUUUGAUGAGCGGGUUCCGCUAAGCGAGUCAGUAUCCUCGAGCCAGACGAGCUGUAUCCUAGCUUCUUCAGGCUCAUCCAUGAAAAGCGUGGCAUUCGAUUUAGUUCCAGAACGACUUGAGUUACCAAAGUCGCCAGAGAAGGCAAGCCCCGCUCCUUCAGUUGACGGCCUAUCACCAAAAAGCAUACUCGAACAGGAAAGAACCAAGGCCGAUCAAAAGGACCUUAUCGAUGACGGAUGGGAUGUCGUCUUCGACAAAGAAUUGGACGUCUAAACCUUCUACUGCAUAUCAUAUGCUGUGAAUAUGAACAGGAUCAACUUCGAAGACGGAUGCAAUUUUUGUUUCAAAUCAAGGAGGAUUUAUAUAUUUUGAUAUAGCCUGCAAGUAUUUCUAUGAUUUUGUAUAGUGGAGAUUCAAAACAAUCAUAAUUUAGACUUGCUGCGUUUUGAAUAUUAUGUACACUUACAUUUUGUUGUAUCAUAUUAUAUAUAUUCCUGACA